CCCAGGUCCCUGCUUCUCUUAGCCAUGGCUCCAAAGCGCAAGCCCCAGGUACAGUGUGAGGGUCCUGAGAAGAAGAAGGGACGUCAGGGGGCGCAAGAGGAGGACACUUUCCGCUCCACUGCCGAGGACCCACCCACAGAGAAGCGCAUAGCCUAAGUGGACCCCCUGUGCCCACUCAGCUGCAACCCUGGGACCCAGGUGCAUGAAGACUACGACUGUACCCUGAACCAGACCAACGCUGGGAGCAACAACAACAAGUUCUACAUCAUCCAGCUGCUGGAAGGUGACUACUUUAUCUGCUGGAACCGCUGGGGGCGCGUGGUGAAGGUGGGCCAGUCAAAACUCAGCCGCUUCAUGUCACUGGAGGAUGCACAGAAGGACUUUGAAAAGAAGUUUCGGGACAAGACCAAGAACAGCUGGGCAGAGCGGGACCACUUUGUGGCCCACCCCAGCAAGUAUACACUUAUCGAAGUACAGAGAGAGGAUGAGGCCCAGGAAGCCAUGGUGAAGGUAGACAGAGGCCCAGUGAGGACCGUGGUUCGUGUUCAGCAAGUGCAGCCCUGCUCCCUGGACACAGCCAAACAGAAGCUUAUCACCAACAUCUUCAGCAAGGACAUGUUCAAGAAUGCCAUGGCUGGGCUUCCCUGAAAAACAAUGGCUAUCAUGAACCUGGAUGUGAAGAAGAUGCCACUGGGGAAGUUGAGCAAGCAGCAGUUUUCCCGGGGUUUGGAGGCAGUGGAGGCGGCCCUGAAAGCCCCUGUAGAUCGUGGUCUCAGCCUGGAGGAGCUGUCCUCCCACUUCUACACCAUCAUUCCCCACAACUUUGGCCGUAGCCAGCCCCCACCCAUCAACUCCCCGGAACUUCUGCAGGCCAAGAAGGAUAUGCUGCUGGUGCUGGCAGACAUCGAGCUGGCCCAGACCCUGCAGGCAGCCCCCAAGGAGACAAAGAAAGUGGAGGAGGUGCCACACCCACUGGACCAAGAUUACCAGCUCCUCAAGUGCCAGCUCCAGCUGCUGGACCCAAAGGUGCCUGAGUACAAGGUGAUACAUACCUGCUUGGAAAAGACUGGCAGCAAGUACAGUUGCCCUGCUCUUCAACCUAGUUGGACAGUGAAUCGAGAAGGGGAGGGAGAUCAGUUCCAGGCCCACGACAAGCUGGGUAAUCGGAAGCUACUGUGGCACGGCACCAACAUGGCUGUGGUGGCCGCCAUCCUCACCAGUGGGCUUCACAUCAUGCCACAUUCUGGUGGCCGUGUUGGCAAAGGCAUCUACUUUGCCUUGGAGAACAGCAAGUCAGAUGGCUAUGUUACUGGCGUGUCCUGCGGGGCCCAUGACAUUGGCUACAUGCUCCUGGGUGAGGUGGCAGUGGGCAGAGAGUACCGCAUCACCAUCUAUGAGCCCAGCUUGAAGCAGCCACCCCCUGGCUUCGACAGCGUCAUUACCCGUGGCCACACAGAGCCUGUUCCAACCCAGGACACCAAGCUAGAGCUGGAUGGCCAGCAAGUGGUGGUGCCCCAGGGCCAGCCCAUGCCCUGCCCAGAGUUCAGCAGCUCCAGCUUCUUCCAGAGCGAGUAUCUCAUCUACCAGGAGAGUCAGUGCCGACUAUGCUACCUGCUGGAGGUUCGCCUCUGA